AUGGCAAUAUGGUCCAAAGAUGAGGUCUUCCUCGUUAGUUUCUUCCAUGAGAGUUUGGCUGGUCCAGCAUUAGAGUGGUACAUCCAGAUGGAUCAUUCUAAAAUUGCCUGUUGGAAAGACUUGGCAGACGCAUUCAUGAACCAAUAUCGCUUCAACUUAGAUACUGCCCCAACUAGGGAACAGUUAGGGGCUUUGCAAAAGGUGAAUGAUGAGACCUUUAAGCAGUAUGCCCAGAGAUGGAGAGCUCUUGCUGCACAAGUCCAACCUCCGCUGACACUGUCUGAAAUGUGCUCUUAUUUUCUAGGGACUUUAGGAGCUCCAUAUGUUGGAACGAUGGCCGGCGCUGCGUAUCGUGACUUUGCUGAUCUCAUAGCGGCAGGGGAACGAAUUGAGAUAUUGGCCAAGGCUGGAAAGCUGCCAAUGGACUACAGGCAGAGUAGCCCUCCUAAAAAAGGGUUGCAAUCCAAGAAACGAGAAUCUGAAGUAAAUCAUGUCAAACAACAACAAUCUUUUGUUCCUCAAUACCCCAUGCCAAACCCAGUCCACCAAAUACUAUCGUACCAUCCUACCCCGUAUCCCUCUUACCAAACACCCACAUUCUCUCAGCCGCCGCCACAAAACUUCCCAAAUUUAAGCACUACGCCUACCCCACAUUUUCGUGUAAAUAACAUACCUACCCCAUCACCAUAUGUGCCAACUCGUCCGUCUUAUGCUCCUCGUCCCCCCACACGUCCACAGUAUCGUCCAAAUUACACUCAACCACAACAAAACUCCCAAAACCAAACCCCUUUUCGUCCCCAAAAUCUUCCACCAUUUCCAAGGCUGUCUAUCUCCAAUACGGAUUUAUUCCAACGUCUGUUUGAUGCUCAUUUGAUCUCAGAAAACCCUGUGCGCCCAAUGCAACCUCCGUUCCCAGCAUGGUAUAAUCCAAAUUCUACUUGUAGAUAUCAUAUGGGAGUGGCAGGACAUUCCAUUGAAGAUUGUGAGGCCUUCAAAACAGCAGUAAGAAAGUUGAUUGCUUGCGGAAGAUUGGAUAUCCAAGAAGAGACUGGGCCUAAUAUUGUCAAUAACCCCAUCCCGAGUCAUGAAGGAAAGAAUCAGGUGAAUGCUAUAGAAACAGAGGAUACCGUGAUAAAGAAAGUUCCGAGUCUGCGUACACCCAUGUCGGGUAUAUGGGAGUGUUUAAAAAAAGCUGGUUAUGACAUCACGGUGCCAGGUUGUUUGAUGAAGGAUGAUGAAAAAUACGAUGAUGAGUCAAGUUGUGCGUACCACAAUGGACACAUAGGACAUGAUAUUGAAAACUGUUGGGAUUUCAAAGUCCGAAUCCAAGGCUUGAUCACAUUGGGUGUCAUACAGGCCAGGCGAAAGAAUGCUUUUCCUGAAGAGGUUAAUAUAGUAGAACACUUUGUACUUCGGGUGCCACCUAUUAACAAGCAUCCUGUGCCUGAGAAAAUGGUUAUGAAAGUGAAGAAACCAACGCCUUUUUCUUAUAAUGAUACUCAUGCAGUACCGUGGAACUACGAGACAAGUGUUGAAGAAAUUGGAAACACCUCGAGAGCCAAUGUUGAUGAUACUCGCUCGGUGGAAGAAUCAAUGAACACAAUGAGAGUGGGGGAAGUCACGAGAAGCGGGAGAUUCUAUUGCCCGAAAGAACUAGAAAUGAAGAAAAAUAGAAAGGAAGAAGGAGGUGAAGGAAUCAUCAACAAUGAAAAGAAAUAA